AUGAACUCUUCUCUAUUUAAGGGACUAACAUUCCUGAUUGUACCCUCACUAGAGCCCCCUAGAGUUCAGCACCUGACCCAACUAAUAGAGCUUCACGGUGGAAUAGUUGUAGAACAGUGUAUUGGCAAUACAUUUGUUCUGGUCAACGAAUCAUUUGUAGGGAAACAUGGAUUGAAUAAACUUGAGCUUUUCCACAGUGAGUGGGACUACGGCGAUGAUCUGUGGUUUGAACUUUUAUCGAAAGAGAACUUAUCCUGUUAUAAGCUAGGGUGGGUCAGUGAGUGCUUGAAGCGUAACGAACUAAUUGAAAGUCAAGAGUUCAGAGCGUCGCUUUCGGAGGAGCAUGACACUGUCGUUGAAAUCGGGAGUGAUUCAUCUGCAAAAGAUGCAGGAUCCAUUGCACAAGAAAGUUCAGACGAAGAAACCGACAUUGGGUCUCAAAAUCUGGAGGAGACUUAUCAAUGCACUGAAGCAGCAUCCAGUAGCGCGAAAUUGGAAGUAGUUUCUCGGAGCACUGAAGUACCAAGCAAUUCCAGAGAACUUGGCGCUGUACUGCCGACACAUCCACUUGAACGCUCAGUAGAAAAACACAACGCGGCUCUUAUUAUAGCACUUGAACAAUUAUCGAAAAAGUAUCGCCUUAAAGGUGAUACGUAUCGAGCCCGAGGCUAUCACCUAGCUCUUCAAUCCAUCGAGAAACAUGGACGCCCUAUUACUAGUGAGCAAGAAGCACUUUCACUACCUAAUGUUGGACCUAGCAUUGCUGGCAAGAUUCAAAUGAUUUUAGACGUUGGCACGUUGCCUGGACUUCACGAGGCAAAAAAGCAUGAGGAGCUCUUGGAUUAUUUCAUGCUUUGCCAUGGCGUAGGGGCUCACACUGCGCGAAAGUGGGUUGCCAAUGGAGUUCAAACGUUCAAAGAAGCUCUAACGGUAUUCCCCACCGAUUUAAAUUGGAAUGUUCUGUUUGGAUGGAGAUAUUACGAGGAAUGGUCAUUACGUAUUCCAAGAGAGGAAUGCGCUCAACAUUUGGCUUUGAUUGAACAAGUGCUCCAUGACGUGGAUAAGAGUGCACAUAUCGUGCUGACUGGAAGCUACAGACGUGGGGCGGAAACUUGUGGCGACAUUGACACUGUACUAUAUAAACCUGGUUGUGACGAUAUUAACAUUUUGUCUCGUAUUCUGGAAAGAACAAUCCUAAAAUUACGAGAAAUGGGCUAUAUCUUGUGCCCACUAAACCUAAAUCACAAUUUGGGACAAGCAUUCAAAUCAACAAUCGACGAGAUAACGUCGACAGUAGGACUUCGAGGUGAUUAUAUAUCGGGUCCAAAAGAGAUUCUUAAGAAAUUCUACUUCGGCGGCAGACUGCCGGUAAAUGUUAUCAAGAGCUCAACGGUUCUUGGCCAGGCAGCGAUCAAGCUCAAACCCGCUGAUCAGUUUAUGUCUCAGAAUUGCAACAGCAGGAAAUGCCGGCGAGUAGACGUUUUGCUGAGUAAAUGGAGUCAGCUAGGAGGCGUUAUGAUAUAUUUUACUGGUAACGAUGAUUUCAACAAAAGCCUGAGGAUCAGAGCUACUAAAAAAGGGUGGAAACUUACGAACAACGGACUCUACCAGUCCAAUAUUGACGCACAAGAUACACUCAUAGAAUCUUUUGACGAAAAAAGAAUAAUGGAGUUGCUCAAUGUAGCUUGGGUACCUCCAGAUCAACGCAACGUUGAAGGUUACAUUUGA